AUGAUUGGGGGAGCUGAUUCGCAGAGGAGGAGGAGAAUCGCCAUCAUUGGCGUCUCCACCUUCUUGCUGGUGGCUAUGGUCGUCGCCGUCACAGUUAGCGUCAACCUAAAGAAUGAUUCAAACGGAAAUGUAAAGGAUAGCGGCAAAUCGCACGUAUCAUCCUCCGUGAAAGCUGUGAAAACCCUUUGUGCACCUACAGAUUACAAGAAGGAAUGCGAGGAGAGUCUCACAGCGCAAGCUGGCAACACCACCGACGCAAGAGAACUCAUUAAAAUCGCGUUUAACAUAACCAUAAAGAAAAUCGGUGAGGGACUCGAGAAAACACAACUCAUGCAUGAGGCUGAGAAAGACCCUAGAACGAAGGAGGCACUCGACACAUGCAAGCAACUCAUGAAUCUCUCAAUCGAGGAAUUCAAGAGAUCACUUGAGAAAUUCGGCACAUUCGAUCUCAACCAUCUUGACCAGAUCCUCACCAGUUUGAAGGUUUGGCUCAGCGGUGCAGUCACAUACCAAGAAACAUGUUUGGAUGCGUUUGAGAACACAACAACCCAAGCUGGUAAUAAGAUGAAGGAGAUCUUGAAAACUGCCAUGCACAUGAGCAGCAAUGGCCUUUCCAUCAUCACCGAACUCUCCAAAACUCUAACAGAUAUGAACAUCACAAAACCUUCACGCCGCCUCUUGCAGGAUGCAGAUGACGAAGCAGUUCUUGGUCACGAUGACUUUGAGCUUCCUGAUUGGGUCGAUGAUCGUGUUGGUGUUCGUAAACUCCUUAAGAUGACUCAGCGAAAACUCGGUGCUCAAGUGGUUGUAGCCAAGGACGGAACUGGAAAUUUCACUACCAUCAACGACGCAUUGAAGUCGGUGCCCAUGAAAAACCUAAAGCCAUACGUUAUCUACGUUAAGCAGGGCGUUUACAAUGAGUACGUUGAAGUUUCCAGAAAUAUGACCCACGUCGUUAUGAUCGGUGAUGGUGCCAAAAAGACAAGGAUCACUGGUAACAAAAACUUCAUCGAUGGAGUUGGUACCUACAGAACCGCCACUGUUGCUGUUCUUGGAGACUACUUCGUUGCCUUGGGUAUCGGGUUUGAGAACUCUGCUGGUCCACAAAAACAUCAAGCAGUAGCCCUAAGGGUUCAAGCUGACAAGUCCAUCUUCUACAAAUGCCGAAUGGAUGGUUACCAAGACACACUCUAUGUCCACACCUUGCGUCAAUUCUAUAGGGAUUGCAUCAUUUCAGGUACCAUCGACUUCGUCUUUGGUGAUGCAGUAGCAGUUCUCCAAAACUGCACAUUCGUGGUAAGAAAGCCAUUGGAAAACCAACAAUGCAUCGUGACCGCACAGGGAAGGAAGGAGAGGAGCCAACCAUCAGGAUUAAUCAUCCAAGGAGGUAGCAUUGUGUCAGACCCAAAGUACUACCCAGUUAGGUUCGAUAACAAAGCCUACCUUGCACGUCCAUGGAAAAAUUUCUCAAGGGCAAUCUUCAUGGACACAUACAUUGGUGAUUUGAUCACACCCGAUGGUUACAUGCCAUGGCAAUCAUUGGAGGGUCUUUCAGGAAUGAACACUUGCUUCUAUGCUGAGUACAACAACCGUGGCCCUGGUUCAGACAAAUCAAAGCGAGUGAAAUGGCAAGGGGUUAAGACACUUAACUCAGUAGCUGCAACAAAUUUCUUACCAACCAGGUUCUUCCAUGGAGAUGAUUGGAUUAGGGUUACUAGAAUUCCUUACGACUCUGGAAAAGACGCUUCCCCCGUUCACUGA